AUGAAGCUCUCGGCGGCAGUCCUCUGCGCCCUUGUGGCUGUCCAGGCGGCGGGGUCCAACCCGCCCGUGGACAACAACAUCCGCGACGAGGACUACGGCGUGGUGGCGAGGUUCACGCCGGGGUUCACCAGCCGGGUGCGCAAGAUCCCGGACUUCCUGGACAACUCCUUCUACCACAACAACCUCGCCAAGAUCGUCACCUUCCACUCCGACUGGACGCUGCUCACGCACAAGGAGGCGCUCGGCCACGUCGUCGAGUAUGCCGAGAACGGCACGCUCUGGGACGAGGACUUCUCCGACUCGCUGCUCAAGCUCAGCAAGCUGCCCAUGCCAGCCGGAAGCAAGGGCGAGAUCAGGAAGAAGUGCAGCGUCGUCAACCACCGCCUAUACUAA